UCGCCAGUCAUCCUUCAUCGUGGAAAUAAUACAUUGGUGAACAUAAAGAGAAAAUAGCUAUACUAAAGGCCACAGAACGCCACAAAAUAGUAUUCAGCAGAGCACGAAAUAACAGGAAUGGCCACUUCUAGAGAUGAACGUACGGGCACCACGGCUGCUGCCAUCAAUGGUUAUGAUAACAGCCCCAAUUCUUCUACGAAUCCUGGAGCUACAUCGACGCCCGUGUCCGUUGGACGCAAUGCUCAGACAGGAUGCUCAGCCAAUGGCUCCAGUUCGGUGUGUGCUACUCCUAUUAGCAGCAUCACCGGUGACCAAAACAGUUGUAACGUUACGCUCGGUAUGGUCGUCUCAUCAGGUCAUAAAGGCAGUAUUCGGGGUAACAAAUUGGCUCGACGGGCACGCUCGUUUAAGGAUGACUUUCUGGAGAAAAUUUCACAGAUACGUACACCAACGAACACGAUGACAAGAUCUCAUUCCCCAAACAACCCACGGACUGUGAACUGCAGUCGGAAAAGCACGGCUGACGAACCGACUAGACCCGUCCAGGACCUUAACUAUCAUGUACGUCAGGUUAAAAAUGCUCUUACACACUUUAAAGAUGUGAUUUUGAAGAACAAACUAGAGAUGCUGCCGGGCAACGGAACGGUUGUACUCGAGUCAAUCGCAAAUGUGCACACGGCUCUGCAAUCUUACACACUCGAUGAAAAUAGCACGCCGUUCAUCAAUGCUACUAAUCAUGUGUACAUUUCUCUCGGCAACCUUUUGAAACUUUGUGAUGAAGUGUUGCUAACAAAAGACGGUGAAGAUUGCCCCUCUUUAAGUAAAGAGAACGUGAAAGAGGUUAUUGAACUGGUGGAAAACGCAGUGACCAAUCUCGUAAACUUGGCUAACGAAAAGCUUUCCGAUCGCGACGGCAGUAAACUGCAGCAGAUUGCGAACUCGAAUACGCUUCAACGUCCAACGGUAGAUGUGGUCGGUCAACGGACUUCUCUACCCGAUAUUCCGCUGACACCGCGUGAACGGGAUAUUCUUGAACAAACGUCGUUAAAAACCGUUCGCACAUCUCACAGCACUGAGAGCAUCUUGCGCGAUGCGAGUGACGCGCCACCAAAACCACCUCUGCCGGACCGACGGCAGGAGCCUCCACCGUUACCGCCGAAGCGUAGGAGUCAACAUUCGAAAAAUCAUUCGUUUCACGAUACUUCCGAUUGCAAUUCUGAGUCAACGUAUUUAGGAUGCGGGGCGUUAGAUCGGAUGUCUUUGCGUUCCCGGUCCCCUGAGGACAACUCUAGUCUGUUGAGUGCCAGCGCCGGAUCACUGGACUCAGCUUUAAACCAUUCUCGUGAUGAAGACGAACUGCGCACUCAUAGUGCUGCUACUGGAACCGGGACAACUUCCCAGUUGUGCCAGUCGUCAAACCCUGGUCGCUUGACGUUGAUUACCAUGGCCGCACCGACAUGGGAUGAGUUGCCAGACAACAGUGUUCAUGGUGUAUUGAGUAGCGAACUGGCAGCUCAGAAUAACCGGAACUCGAAUGAAUCUGGUUUCGAAUCUAUGUAUUCGCUUCGUGUGAGCCGUGAUCACCAACAUGUCGGAUCUCUUACAAUCGCACAGCAAAACAAUGCCACAGCACAUGUCCAUCGAUCGGAAUCGGUCGUUGACGGUAUAAGCGAACUCCGAUGUAGCAUGAUGACUGUAGGGACAAAGAUUCAGCAUAGCUCGCAUCAUCAUCAGCAUCACAAUCAAAUGCAUGUUCUCCAACAUCAACACAAUCAACAACAGCACUAUCAGCACCAACAAGUUCAUCAAAAGAUUGACACCAUUAUCACACAAGCCAGUGACGAGUCUGUUCAACAGGAAGGCACAUCAAUAUGUGGCGAAAAGCAGUUGUCGGAGGUCUGUCGAGUUCAAACGUACGCCAAAAACAGUCUGUCCAAGAUGAUGAUGCACAACAGUGUCGAAGAGAUGCUGGCAAACGAUGACGUGUUCCCAUACGCAGCGAGUAAUUUGGAUCGACCGCCAGCACUUCCGGUGAAAACACGAUCGCACAGUAUUAAAAAAGAAAGGCACCUUUCUCAGUACGAUAAUGUGGACGAUUCCGAUGUCGAAAAAAGUUCGCAGGAUGCUCUGGGCCAUUGUUCGAAACAGAGCUCGCCAUCUUAUCUUCAGACUAAGCAGCAGAUAUAUAAUAAUAUAUCCAACAAGCAUAUCAGCCUCAUCGAACCUAGGCAUAUGAAUCGAUUUCAAGAGGAACCUCCGCCGUUGCCAAUAAAAAAGAAACAUAUGUUUCAAAGUGUGGCAUAUUCAGUUAUGGCAUACAUGGAAAUCUUUGGUAGUGCUACUCAAAACCAUUCAGAAUUUACGCGACAUUCGGUGCACACCUAUAACCCGGCCCACUCAGAACAAGUGUCGACCUCUUCUAAUCAAAGUAUUUCACACAGCCAGACAAUGAGCUUAUCACCAUCUCGCAUUGCUUCCGUAACGGUUUCUCCGCCGAAUUCGCCAAAUGUUAACAUUAAGCCUCCGGCCCUACCCCCGAAACGUCAACGAAUCAACAGUAAAACUCCAAGUAUAGCUUCAACGCCUCCUGCCAGCCCCAAGAUCUUUCAAGACCAUCCAUCGUGUCAGCCUCAAUCUCCACUAAUCAACGCAUCAAGCUCGUCAUUGACACAAAAGCAUAAUGUCCAAAUUUUGGCCUGUAGUAAAAAUUUAGAUGUAACGAGCAACAAUUCUUUUAAAGCAAAGGUAUCACCAGGUCAUCUGGACACUGCAAUUGGCGCUCUUUCAGUUGGCGCAAGCACCUAUAAUACGCCAACAACUGAACUUGCUACUGCUACUACUAUUACUACUAGUGACAAUUCAUUUACUUCAACUCCUUAUAUCGCAUCUGAUAGUAACACUAGUGCAAAUUUCUCACCAGAGACAAACGUUCGAUCUUGUGAACUUAGUAUAAUGACAAACUUUGAAGGUGCCGCAAGUAAUAAUUCAAAAACAGUAAACAGCAUUAAAAAAACUGACGAUACCCUAUUCGGUUGCCAUGUUACCAAGAUAGACAGCAACAACAGCUUUCUCAAGUCGCAAACUGUUGACUACUUACAUCUUUGCGAUACUACUACGACAAAUCUUUCUACAUCCAAUACGAAUCUCGAAGCUAAUCACAACAAGGCAGGCAAUACUCUAGUCAACAAACACAGCCAAACCAAUAAUACCAGCGUUACUAGUAGUAUGAAUUCUAAUUAUUUGUUCGAUCAGCAUAACAAAAUUUCUGGCAGUAGUAGUAGUUGCAAGCUUAAAAGUACUUCAGAUGUGACUCUCGAAUCACCUACCGAUCACGAUGAGAACAACAAAGACGGGGACGAGGUGGAGGUGGUUCUUAGGCGAAAUAAUAAGAAUUGCCUGACCCUUGUCGAACAGCAGCAGCCUUGUAACUUGAUGGAAGAGCUUGAUGUGAGCACAUAUUUAGUAUUCAAGAAAGAAAAUGAAGACGGCCCAGAUGUUAAAGGAGGUCAUCCAGAUGCUCUAAUCAUACAUGCAACUAGAGUUCAGAAAAACUCCGAUGACGCAUAUUUUGAGGAUGCUUAUGGUGAAGCAUUUAUUACGACGUUUCGUACGUUUAUAUCGCCAUUGGAACUAAUUCAAAAGCUGUCUCAUCGCUACACAGUCCACCAUUGUCAACUGAAUGAUGCCAAACAGAAAGCCGCCAAAGAAUCUUUUUCGUUACUAGUACGAGUUGUAAAUGAUCUUACUGCUCCCGAUCUAACCGAACGACUGCUUAUCAUGCUGAUGAACUUUAAAUAUCAGCUAGUUAGUGGCGGUCACCUAAACAUGGCUAAACUGCUUCGUGUUAAGUUGAUAGAGAAGGUAUUACUCUACAAGCAGAAGUCAUCGUUUACCUUCCAAACACUCUCUUCUCGGGCGGUAGUAACAUCGCAACCUUCGUUGCUGGAUCUCAAGUCAGCUGAAAUUGCCGAGCAGAUGACCCUGUUGGAUGCAGAACUCUUUCUGAAAAUUGAAAUACCAGAAGUUUUAAUCUGGGCUCAAGAACAAUGCGAAGAACGAUCACCCAACCUAACGCGAUUCACGGAGCACUUCAAUAAAAUGUCUUAUUGGGCACGAACGCAGAUCCUGUCACAAAACGAUGCCAAAGAUAGAGAAAAGCACGUGAUUAAGUUUAUUAAAAUCAUGAAACAUUUGAGAAAAAUUAACAACUACAACUCCUAUUUAGCACUGCUAUCAGCGUUGGAUUCAGCGCCUAUUAGAAGGUUAGAGUGGCAUAAAACAAUCACCGAAGGAUUAAAGGAAUACUGUGCGCUAAUCGAUUCAAGUUCCAGUUUCCGAGCAUAUAGACAGGCACUCGCUGAAACAAACCCGCCAUGUAUCCCAUACAUUGGACUUGUAUUGCAAGACUUAACAUUCGUACACAUAGGCAACCCUGACUUGCUGCCUGACGGAUCUACUAAUUUCUCUAAGCGAUGGCAGCAGUACCAUAUCGUAGUGAAUAUGAAACGCUUUAAAAAAGGGUCCUAUCCAUUCAAGAAGAAUGAUCGAAUCAUCGGCUUUUUCGAAAAUUUCGAAAACUAUUUGGACGAAGACGCAAUGUGGCAGAUAUCAGAAAACAUUAAACCACGCGGAACAAGAAAAAACAAUGUCAAUUAGUACAGGCUGAACUGUUUGGGUGGCAAUGAUGAUGGCGAAGCAGCAGCAAUGCCUCAUCAUUCAUCUUCUAUCACGGAAAAUCUUCGUCAAAAUAGUGGUUUAAAAAAGCAAAUUGGCGAAACGAAGCACGUUUUCCACAAAUUUAAUCGCAGCUUAAAAUAAAAUAAAGGCUACAUUUUACGGAAAUAAUGAUACAUGAAUUAGAUAACAAUCAUGUCAUAGAUUCAAAGUAAUAGACUAGCUUCACGUAUUACAGGCGCUUGCAUUCAAAUUGUUGCCUUUUGUAUUGUUAAAGUUUCAUUAUUUUCUAAAGGGAUUGGCCUAUUGCUAUAAACCAAGUAUUUAUUUAUUUUUGAACAUAAACGUUUGUAUACUACUCUAUUGCUUUACUUUUUAUUGAAUUAGUGAAAAUAUUUUGUCCUACAAAACAUUAAAUUUAUAUUUCUAACCAUUGGAACUAAAGUAUGUACGUUAUGUUAACUAAAGUAAAGUAUGUUUAACCUAGCUUAAACAAAAAUGUAUGUCAGAAAAUACGAGUUUUCAAGUACUGCAUAAAACUGCAUAAGGUAUAGAAUAUGUAUAGUAUCUAAAUCUUAUUGCAGAAAUCGACACAUAAGAUAGUAAACACUCACUAUAAACUGAACGCGUUGGCGCUCAGCAAAGCAAAGAAACUAAGUGUGUGUCAAUAAGUGAUUCUUUGAAAAAUAUAAACUUUUAUUUUAGUAUAUCAUUACAAUUAGUUAUUUCGUGUUUUCCUUAAGCUUUCAUAUCUAUAAUUUCAUCAUUCAUCCUACAAUUAAUCCAUGCACUCCUUUUGAUUCAAUAUCCAUUUGGAAAACCUUGUUCGUCUCGAUGUUAUUAUUCGUAUGACUUGAUUGAACAUGGCAAUACAACGAACUAACUUAGUAUGCAUAUGAUUAAAAUACAUAUUAAACAUAUUUAUAAAUUUGAUAAAUUUUUAAGACAUAAAUAAGAACAAGAGAUGUAAGGGAAGGUAUUCCUGUUGAUAUUUAAUGUAGACAUAAAUACUAAAAUAACAGAUCAAUCCCAAAAUUUGGUUUACCCUUAAAUAGCAUUGAACAUUAAGAAUAUUUCAAAACAUUAAAAAUUCUUUCAUUAAUUAUUAUUUAUUUUGUUGCCAACUUGUUGAUCGAUUUGGCAGUUUUAACCGGCGAAUUUUAUUUUUAUCGAAAAUUACUCUAUUCCAUUACAUACUGAAGAUCAUAUUAGGAAGCAGUUUAAUGGGAAGUAAAUCGUGGAAAACUAAUGCCAGAAACAUUUAAUUGUUCACAGAAAUAUAAUAUUAAAAAAAAUCCUAUAUGAUUGAUUUCUGAUUUUAGUAACGUUACGUAAUAUUAUGCAGCUUUAUAAUAGUCAAUAAAGUGAUUGGAUAUAGUAAGAAAAUUAUUACACCGUAUACAGAUCUCUAUAUCAUAUAUUGUCAAUAUAAAAUGUAAAUCAACAGUUCGAAAACGUUAGCUAUAUCAAAUUUGCAUGUCUAAAAUGUUACAACUCUAAUAUAAUACUAUUUAACUAGGCCAUAAGGAACAAAAUAAUCAUGAAUGAAACGCACUGAGUAUAUACUAAGUAUUUUAAAAAGCUCUGGAAUGAAUGUGAACGCUUAUUAUAAAUCAUAUUUUCAUCAGAGCAACUAAUUUAAACAGAUGACUAAUUUAAUCAGACAAUUGGACCAAAGUGAACGGUUUUAAUUAUAUGUUUAUAAGAUAAGGUAUUCCAUAUGAUUUUCUUAGAAUGCCUAAAAUACUUAAUUUACACGGUGAAAAAUUUUUAUAUUUUGGAAGACACAUAUCGCAGUAAAUGGACUUAGAUCAACUAUGUACAUCAUACGACUCACAGCUUUUCUUACAUCUUACGGCUGAAGUAAACAUAAGGUAUGUCAUAUUUGUAAUUUAUGACUGAAUAUGGACUGAAUAAUGACUAAUGUGUUACGAAAUUUCAAAAUUGCUGAUGAUUAUCAGCAUAGUGAAUAACAAGUAUUUCAGAUUAAACUAUCAAACAUACGCACAAAUGAAAAGACGAAAUCUCAUGCAUUCGAUGCGCUUAAUUAUUGCACGAUAAAAUUUUGAGCAAAAUAUCUAUAUUAAAAAUAAAUGUGUCCAUAAAUUAUAUAAAGGUAGAGUUAAAGCAUUCAUGAUUUAAGAAAAUUUGGUCUUAUCUCUUCCGGCUAGCAGAUAAAGUAAUAGACACAGAAUUCACGAACACAAGAAAAUAUAUCUGAUUAAAGAGUAGUGGGAGUUAAUGCAAUUUUACCUAAUAAAUAUACAAAACAUCGUAUAACAACAUGUGAUGUAUUUACAAAUGUAUGCUGGGACGUAACAUUGUCUGGAAUCACAUACAUUGUACAUUUAUUGGAACUUUUAUGUACAUACUAAGCAUAAUAGUUUUUAAUUUUAAUAGAACGCAAACCAAUCUGUGAAAACGUCGUGACGAUACUCUAUUAGAAGUGUAUUGAUCAGAACCAAACCUGCCGUUACAGGAGAAAUAGAUGAAACAAAAAUUAAACUAUGGCUAUUAUGCUAUCUUUGGCCUGUUCGUUAAAUAAUUUAACAUUUAC